AUGGCGUCUCUACUCAGCGUCGGACAGGGCCUCAGAGGCCGCCUGUCGACCUAUUCAAUCGUAAAGGAGCUCCACAAAGCAGCUGACCAAGGCGCGGUGUUCCUUGCAAUGAACCAGACCAGCGAGAAAUGCAUCGUCAGAAGCAUCCGGGGCCACUGGCUUCUACAGAAUGAAGCCGAAGUUCUCAAACGCUAUCAGGACAAAACCCCGUUUCUUCGACCGCUCCUAGACCAGAUUGUCGAGCCCUCAGACCCGCCUUCAAUUGUCCUCAAGCACUUGGAUACCGACCUCCUGACUGAGUCCAACCGAAAGAGGUUAUCAUGCCCCGAGAUCAAGCAGGUCGCCAAAUGUGUCCUUCAGGCUCUUCAGGAAUCGCACAGGGACGGAGUGGUGCAUACCGAUAAGCGAUUCAGCGAGAUACAACUGGGCGACUGUGGCGGCGUGGUGUCCCAGGACUCCGAAUUUGCGAAGGGCCACCUCAUCGACGCAGGCUUUACUCGCAGUCCAGAGGCCGCGUUCCAAAUACCUUGGGGGACAGCCACGGAUAUCUGGUCCUUUGGCAACGCGAUCCUCAGUCUCCUCUAUGGCGGCAACUACCACCUCUUCAACCCCGCCAUCGACAAGGUCCGUCCUGAAGACGACUUGUACGAGCUGACUGUGCUCAAGCGCAUGUACAAGUUCUUCGGUCCAUUUCCGGAAUCGUACAAGGACUUCAAUGACGAAGAGACCAUGAUAUUCAGGGAAAUUCCGCCGGCAGACAAGAGCUUCAUCCUCAAGAUCAUGAAGCUGGACCCCCGCGAUAGGCCCACGGCGCAGCAGCUUCUUCAGGAUGAGUGGUUACCGAGGAGUCGGAAGAUACCAGAGACAUGCUUCCUGGGGAAAAGGUAG